AUGUAUAAUACAACAGGAACGGACGACGAUCCACCCCUCCGAUAUGCAACUCUUCUUGUUGUCAUUAUACUAACCGAUAUCACCAUUCUUUUCGGUAACGGCCUGGCAAUUUGGGCAGUCUACAAGAACCCUAUCUUGCAGACGCCCACCAACUACAUCUUUGCGAGCCUAGCAGCCACUGACUUGCUCUCAGGGUUAGUGUCCAUUCCACUCGAGUUGUACAACCGUCGGGUAGACGCCAGCUGUUCCUUCCUGUUCACCACUCUCCUGUCUUUGCUCUCCUACAACCUAGGACUAAUCGCUGGUCUCCACUUCAUCGCUGUCACGACCGAUCGUUACAUAGCAGUCACCCGACCCCUUCGGUACUCCGUGUUGAUCACCACCCAAAGAGUUGUUACCUUCAUUGGACUUUCAUGGGCGACGGCUGUCGGCGUCAUUGGGAUUCUCUUUUGUGUGUUCGCUGUCGCAGCGGAAGAAACCACAUCUAUAAGGUGCAGUGGACAGCACUACACGGACCCCACGCAGCAAAGCAUUCUUUACUUUGUGGCCGUUGUAGUUGUGUUGUUCUGCAUCACUCUCCUAGCCUUGAACCUGAGAAUCCUCCAGAUCGCCAUUCAGCAAUCACGCCGCAUCGCUGAUGUCCAGAUUCUCUUCGGACCAAGAGAUGGCACGCCUGGCAAGGUCAAGGCGGUCAAGACCACGCUGGUCAUCGUGGGAGUCUUCUGUAUCUGGCUAUAUAUGGGGACGUCUAGACCACGACGCGUCGUCGUGGUCAAGAGGUUACGACUCUCCUCUUUCAAUCUGAGGGACGUAGGUUCGAUUCCCAACCAUGGCUUGUUUUCCUUCAGCAAGAUAUUUACCCUCAUUGUGCUGCACUCAACCCAGGUGAGGUGA